GAGCCUGCUAGGGGGCAGGCAGCCACAGAGAGCAGCUACCACUGCCUCUUAAAACCUAAGGUACUCCUCAUUACAGCUACAAACUGAUAGACAGAGAGCAGGGGAGGGCUGGAGACAGUUCUUAGAGAGGGAGAGGUAAGGAGAGUGAGGAAUUGUGAACAGGGAAAGUUAGAAAAUAAGCAGUGCCACUUGUGUGCUCACCCUUCCUUGACUGCUGCCUCCCCAUUCCACUACCUGAGGCACACAUACACACACACACAGGGAGGUCUUUCAGGGAGGCUUAGAGGGCUGACUCUCCAGGGAAGAAGGGAAUUAAACACUUUUGUUUUCAAUCCACCGAGUCCAUACUCAGGACACAAAAAGGGAUUACAGCUUGCACGCCUGCCCCACUUGUUCCUCUCUUCUCUCUGCAUUUUGUCGUCACUGAGUUACUUUGGAGACUUUGGAUACAACCUUCUUAAAUUGUUGGUUCGAGCUCAGAGAGGCAUGGCACACGGACAAAAGAGCCCCAGGUGGGCAUUAACCCAGGGCUCCUUCAGCUUGGCACUGGGCCUGUCGCUCUUCUCCCUCCUCCUCCUCCUCCUCACCGUCUCGGCCGCAGAUGAGUACGACUACUACAGCUGGCAGUCGGACAACUUCCACAAUGGCCGCUUCUACACCAAGCAGCCCCAAUGUGUGGACAUACCAGCUGACAUGCGCCUGUGCCACAAUGUGGGCUACAAGAAGAUGAGGCUGCCCAACCUCCUGGACCACGAGACCAUGCCAGAAGUCAAGCAGCAGGCGGGCAGCUGGGUGCCCCUCCUGGCCAAACGGUGCCAUGCUGAUACCCAGGUCUUCCUGUGCUCGCUGUUUGCACCGGUGUGCCUGGACAGGCCCAUCUAUCCCUGCCGCUCGCUGUGUGAGGCCGUGAGGGACAGCUGUGCUCCGGUGAUGGAGACCUACGGCUUCCCCUGGCCAGAGAUGCUGACCUGUGAUAAGUUUCCCAUUGAUAACGACCUCUGCAUCCCCAUGCAGUUCACUGGGAACCACGCGACCCAGCCACCAGUGUCGAAGGUGUGCCCUCCGUGUGACAACGAGCUGAAAGCAGACAACAUCAUGGAGCAUUACUGCGCCAGUGACUUUGCCCUCAAGAUGAAAAUCAAGGAGGUGAAGAAGGAGAAGGGUGACCGGAAGCUGAUUGCAGCACAAAAAAAGAAGAAAGUGUUGAAGCAGGGUGUGCUAAGGAAGAAGGACCUGAAGAAACUGACCCUGUACAUCAAGAAUGGCGCCAACUGCCCGUGCUCACAGCUGGACAGCCUGGGCUCCAACUUCCUCAUUAUGGGCCGCAAAGUGGACCAGCAACUGCUGCUCAUGUCCAUUCACAAGUGGGACAAGAAGAGCAAAGAGCUCAAGUUUGCCAUCAAGUACAUGAAGUCCCAUCAGUGUCCCACCUUCCACACUGUUUUCCAGUGACACGGUUCACUGUACUGUUCAUAGAAUCCAUGAUCGCUCCCCACAUUACAUCCUAAUUCUCGUUUCAAUAAUGCAUACCUGAACCCCAGAUCCCUGCAAAAUCUGUUACCAGCCCACUAUAGUCCUACAAGGGGUCGCAGGGUGGUCAAGCUUUUAUUUUCUCAGCUUUAACAUGAAUCAGGUAGUCAAGGCGGUCGUUCCUGAUAUGCUUACAUGAAUCAGACAUAUUAAUGUUGGAGAGGGAAAAAGCUGCACACUCUGCAGCUCCCUCUGAAUAAUAAAAGCCCCAAAGAAGCCACAGAUUUUAACAUUUUGGGUGAUAUAAUUUUAUUUUCCAAAGAGAAACAGAGAUUUUGAUCUACCCCCUGCAAUUUAAUAGAAUCUUCCUUAACAAUUCUACUUUCUUCUUCUGAUAUAGUAGAACCAAUCACUUGCAUGAUAUCUUACAGCAACUUUAUCAAUUAGACAGUAGCAUUAAGAAAUGGGAACGUAAAGAUUUGAGGCAACUAUUGGAGGGAAAACAUGUUUGAUAAUGUAAUGAUUAUAGACUGACAGAAUGGAAAGGGAGCUGAGUGGGAAGGCAGGGUUUGUUUCUGUGUAAAAAGAGCUGAGAGAAACGAUACACUACAGUAUAUGUGGGCUGUGCAGUGGGCCAGAGCUCCCAGGAACAACAUCAAAGCAGAGAAAUGUAGAUGAUCCACUUAACAGUAUGUUUUAAUAAUGUAAAAAGUAGGUAAUUCAGAUGAAUACUAGAUGAUUAGAAAACUGGGUUUUUUUCUUUUAUCCCUGUUGGGAAAGAAGACCGAUGGAACGGGACAGACUGACGGACUGGAUGAUGCUUCCACUGACUAUGUACAGCACCGUUUUUUUUUUUUGGCCUGAAAGAGGGAAACUUGAAUAUUUUUUGCUUUUUUAUUUGGAGAGAGAAGGAGGUUAAGGCAGAGAAGACAUCUUCCUGAAAACAAGUGGAGAAUAAAAGAGAGAAAAAGAGACUCUGGACAGAACCAACAGUGUUGGGUUGAUAUGUCUCUGGUACUUGCUAUUUUUCACUAUCAAUCUUUCUCUUUUUUUGUAAUUAAAUUUUUGAAUUUGCUUCAUUUAAACUUCUAUUGUUUAAAAGCAGAAAUCAUACAUGCAGACAUAGCACCUGAAUUCACUGCACAAUAAAAGAUGAAAAUUUAACUUUGACAAUAUUUUCUAAUCAGUUAACCUGUAAGUAGUUCUGUUACUGAAAUACAUCUUUGUUUUACAAAAAAGUAAAUGAAUAAAAUAUAUUUGAAAUUUUUAUAAAGAA